AGAGGCGAUGUCACCUUGGGAGGAGUCUGGCCUCCAAGUGGUCCCUUGGAUGCUGCAGGAAAGGCGGAGCAGGGCACAGCCUUCUGGCCCUAGACUCAGCUGUUGGAGAGGCGAUGUGGUGAACGUACGGAACGAGCGCCCUCCCUCUGGCGCUCCGCAGUGCUCCGCGCGCUGGCGCACGCUCACUCGGCUUGAUAGGCGGGCGGGGCAGCACUGACGUCAUUUACGCCCCCCCACCCCCGGCAGAGGGGCGGUGGCCGUGCUGGCUACUCCGAGCGCAUUGACGGACAGAGGGACAGAGAGACAGGGGUAUCGGCAGGCACACGUCCAGGCCAUGCCAGGGGAGGCUGCGGGUGCUGAGCUGCCGCUGCCUGAGGCAGGAGGGCCUGGAUCCCGCACAGAUCACUCAUGUGAUGCAGCUAUUGCAACCAUCCUGAAAGGGGAUCAACUGAAGCCCCAUGGCCUGACCCCAGGGCCUAGUCCUCUGGCCCUCACAUUCCUGUCCAGCAAGCCAGGUGCCCGGCCCCAGCCUGAGGGGGCCAGCUGGGAUGCAGGGCCCAGUGGGGCUGCCUCAACCUGGGUGGACCCGGCAGAGGGCAGCUCAAACCUAGUGGUCCUCCCUGAGGGUCUGCCUCUCCGGCCUGUGCCUGCCGAAGUCCCUCUCCCUACCACCCUGGAGCCCCGCAUCGUGAUGGGUGAGGAGACAUGCCAGGUCAUCCCUUCACCCAGGGCAGCCUGGCCAGUGCUCAGGGACCGGGAGGGUGGGCACACUGCCCUGCACCCACCUCCGGAGCUGUGUUCUCAGGGUGAUCCUCCUGUGCCUUCCCCUCCCCCUGAUCUCGAUUCUUACUUCACACCCCCCUCUACUCCCACCAAGACCACCUAUGCCCUGCUUCCUGACCAUGGGCCCCACGGAGAUGCCUGGGGUCUGGAGGCCGAGCUGCUGGAUGAGUUACUGGACUCAACGCCAGCCUCACCCUCCGGCUCCUACAUUACAGCAGAUGGGGAUAGCUGGGCUUCAUCACCAUCCUGUUCCCUCAGCCUGCUGGCCCCAGCUGAAGGGCUGGACUUCCCCUCCAACUGGGGCCUCUCCCCAUCAGGGUCAGUGGUAGAUGAACUAGAGCCACACCCCGCAGCACCUCCAGAGCCCCCAUCCUCCGAGUCUAGCCUCUCAGCAGACAGCAGCUCUUCCUGGAGCCAAGAGGGUCAUUUCUUUGACCCGAACUUCCUGGCCAACGACCCGAUGAUCCCCGCUGCCCUCCUACCCUUCCGGGGUAGCCUCAUCUUCCAGGUGGAGUCUGUGGAGGUGACACCAUUGCCCCAAGAGGAGGAGGAAGACGAAGAGGAGGUAGCUGCUGCUGCUGCCGCCACCACCCCAGAUGGAGACCUGGCUGGAGAGGGUGAGGACGACAGCACAUCUGCCUCCUUCCUGCAGUCACUGUCUGACCUGUCCAUCAUUGAGGGCAUGGAUGAGGCCUUCGCCUUCCGGGAUGAUACCUCAGCAGCCUCCUCUGACUCAGACUCAGCUUCCUAUGCAGGGGCAGAUGAUGACAGGCUGUACAGUGGGGAGCCCCAUGCCCAGCCCAGUGCUCAGAAUACAGAGCAGGGGUACAGAAGCAGGGCCACAUUUCCGGGGAUAGAGUUCACACCUCAGACAUCAGAGCAAGAGAUCUGUCUUACCAAUAGCCAGGAAUCAGUUGCAGAAAUAGCAGAAGAGAUCCUAACUUUAGGCAUAGAGCCUGAAGCUACUACUAGGACACCUCCUGAUCAGCAAGCAGCUCCAGGCCCCCAGGUGGAGGACACUACCAUCGUGACCUCUUGGGUGGGGAACAAAGUUGACUUGGUUGCUGAACAAGCAUCCAAGGCUCUUCCUGAGCCCUGCCAGAAGAGGCUAAGCACGAGCUUAGGCUGUAAGCCCCUCACUUCAGAGGCAGUUCCAGAUCAGCAGGAAGAAGCAAGCCUCACCUUGUGUCCAGUCCUUCCUGAGAACUUGAAGGAAGGAGGCCAGGGCCUUCCCUCCACCCUGGAGUAUGUGGCUAUGGCUUCAGUGGGGCCCUGGAAGGCUGAGGGAGGUGCCACAAUACCGCAGGACCCCCUUGUGACCUUACCCCCACUCUUGCAAAAUGCAGAUCCCACCUCAGGCCCAGAGUCUGUGGCUGUAGUAGCACUAGAGCCCAGGCAGGAUGAGGGGUGUGUCACAGGUCUCCAGGAUGUUCCUGUGGUAUCACCUCCACCCCUACAAAGUGCAGAUCCAACCUCAGGUCCAGAGGCUACGGCCAUGGCUACAUUUGAGUCCCAGCAGGCUAAGGAAGGUAUCCCAGAACUCCAGGAUUCGCCUGAGGCAUCAUCCCCAGCCCCGCAAGGCUCAGAUCCCACCUCAGAGCCAGACCCUGAGGUUGUGGUCACAUUGAGGUCCCAGCAGGAUGAAGGGGUUGUCACAGUACCCCAGGAGUCUCCUACAGCAUCAUCUCUACCUUUGCAAAGCUCAGAUCCCCCUUCAGACCAAGAAUCUGAGGUUGCUGCCACACUGGGACCACAGCAGGCUGAGGAGGGCAUCACCAUACCCCAGGUUGCCCCAAUAGCAUUACCUUCACCGCUGCAAGGCUUAGAUUCAACCUCAGACCUAGAAUCUGUGGCUGCAGGCACACUGGAAUUGGAGCAGGAUGAAGGGAUUGCCACAGCAACCCAGCCCACCCCUGCGGUGCCACCUCCACCCCUUCGAGGUACAGAUUCCACCUCAGACCCAGAGCUGAUAGCUCAAGACACCUCUCAGGCCCUGCAGAGAGAAGCAGGCUACACCGCAGGGACCAAGCCUUCCGUCUCUGAGGCCCAUCAGGAAUUAGGUGCGGCCUUAAGACCAAGGCCAGUGCCUAAGGAGCAGGAUGCAGAACCUCCUCCACACUCAGCACUCCCAGCUUCAAACCAAGCCCAACAGAAUGGUUCAGAGCCGAUUGUAAAGAGUGACGACUUGGGGGCUCCAGGAGAAGAGUCAAGUCCCACUUUGAGCACGAAGACUUGUGAGCCCACAUCUUGCAUGGGAGAGAGAGUAGCUGAGAAUGUAUCUGCAAGCAAGCAAGGAGCGUGUCUUGAAGCCCGUGAUGGGGUCAAGACCCACUCCCCUCAAAGAGAGUCCUUGAGGGCCAAGAACAAACAUGGUAGGGGCCCCAAACCACCAGGGCAGGGAAAUGGGCCCAAGUCAGCAGCAUCCCAAGGUGCCACGGAGACUUUCAAGGCACAUGACACCGCACGCUCUGAGGUCAGCCAGCCACAGCUGAUGAACUCAGCUGGAGAGGGAAAGAGCCCGCCCAAGGACACCUCAAGCCCCAGGCUUCCUGUGGCUGAAUCUGUACAAGCCAGGCUAGGUUCCUGCCCAGGGUCCCCAGCAAGAGCCGCAUGCACACUGAGCAGGGUCUACUCUGAAGAGACUGCCCGGCAUGCACCACCCUUCCAGCACCUGGAGCCUACACUGGGCCUGGGCAGUGGAGAACAACCUAAGGUGACCCCUGGUACCCUCAGUCUUUCCCCAGAAAACUCUGCUGGUGACCUGCUCACCACACCUCAGAAUAGCUUUCUGGACCCUGCCCCUGACCCAACUGCUCCCUGUGCCCUGGACAGGGCAUCCCAAUCAUCCCCAGGGCCCCCAGACCCCUGCCUGUGCCCCACUCCCCAGAAAGCCUCUGUGGAAGAAGAGAAGCCCCCAGCCUCUCGUAGUCUGAUGCCUCGGGCAGGAGCCCAGGGAGCUGCUGCCAUCACCACCUCAGGACCCACAAAGCCUCUGGGAGCCCGGCAGCGUGUCAGCCUCUCACCUCACUCCGCCCUCAACCCCAAGGUGACCCCCACAGAUGCCAAAGACCUGGCUUGCAUCAUCUCAAGCCCCUGCCAAGUGCCUCCUCCCUCUGGGACCCAGCACCCAUCGGGCCCUCGAGGGUUGCCAGCUCAUGAACAACAAGAGGAUGAGGAUAGCCUGGAGGAAGACUCACAGAGGGCCCCAGGCUCUGGCCAGCACUCGGAUAGCCACGGGGAGUCGUCUGGUGAGCUGGAUGAGCAGGAUGUCUCACCUCAGAAAUCACAGUGCCCGGCACAGGGCCCAGCAGACAGCAAUGAGGAGACCAUUGCCAAAGCCAAGCAAAGCCGCAGUGAGAAGAAGGCUCGAAAGGCAAUGUCGAAACUGGGCUUACGGCAGAUUCAGGGAGUCACCAGGAUCACCAUCCAGAAGUCCAAGAACAUCUUGUUUGUCAUUGCCAAGCCAGAUGUCUUCAAGAGCCCUGCCUCAGACACCUACGUAGUCUUUGGCGAGGCCAAGAUUGAGGACCUGUCCCAGCAAGUACACAAAGCUGCAGCAGAGAAGUUCAAGGUGCCCUCAGAGUCCUCAGCCCUGGUCCCUGAGCUGGCACCUGGGCCUCGUGUGAGGCCAGAGUGUGAGGAGCAAGAGGAGGAAGAUGAGGAGGUAGAGGAGGCUGGACUAGAACCUCGUGACAUUGAACUGGUGAUGGCCCAGGCCAAUGUGUCCAGGGCAAAGGCUGUUCGGGCCCUGAAGGACAACCACAGUGACAUUGUCAAUGCUAUCAUGGAACUGACAAUGUAGCUGCUGACUGGAAGCUGGGGCCGUUCUGCCUCUCCUCAGCUCUGCAGCCCAAUAAACUGGUGUCACAUGAUCA